CAAUUUAGGAUUUACUUUCUAAUGUGUACACAAAUGUUAUUCGAGUGUCUCCUUAUAGACUUGUACAGGAGUUUGGAUUAAUGUUUUAAUGUUUCUGUGUUUUGGCCAGUGUUUCUGAAACUUAGAGAUCUGACUCUUCCCUCUCUGGGAGCCUCCCCCCAUGUCCCUCCCUGCCUCUCUCUCUCCCUCUGUCUCUUGGAAAAGUUUUGGAAAUGCUGGGAGCAGCACAAUGACGCUCUUUAUACUGACUUCUGCUCUUCUAAGUCAAAGUCUAAUAGCAGGUAUUUCAUUCUGCCUUAAUGUCACAGUCCACCCCCACCCAUGGGUACAACAUGCAACUGGGGAAAACACAUCCUUAUGGUGUUCUGUGACCCAAAGAAGGAGGCAAGACAGCUUGUUAACUGUGCGCUGGGUGUUUUCUUCAGAGUCUGGACCUGAACAAAUUAUUGGAAGAAUUACAAAAUUUGGAACAGCACAUACUUCAGGAAAUUGGAGCCAUAGGGGUAAUCUAAGCAGCGAUGGUCCUGGUAAAGGUUAUCGUCUAAUGCUAAGAGAUCUGCGUUUGUCUGACCAGGGUCAGUAUAUAUGUCGUGUUCAAGAAGUUGCUCGACAUCGAAAUCGCUGGACAGCUGUGUCUAAUGGCACUGCAGACACAAAGUUAAAGGUCACGUCACAUUCAGUUUCUGAAGAAAAGAAACUAUUUGCAUGGAAUUUAUUCCAAGACCUUUAUCUAUAUGCUGUGCUGCUCUGCUGUUUGGGCAUCCUGAGCCUUCUGACCUUCUUUCUUAUUCUUCUAUGCCAGACCAUCUUCCACAAGAGUCGCACCAAAGUGCGUUGGAAAUGUCCCCAUGAAAGUCCGAAUGACGAGAGCCCCAGUGUCACUGACCUGCUCUCUCCUCCACCAUCCAUGAGGAAGAAGAAAAAGAACAGAAGUAAGGACGUUGAUACUCCACCUGCUAUCCCUGUUAAAGGUCCCUCAGUGAGGUUGACCAGGAAUACUGAAAAACCUCUUCUACUGCCCCGCCUGGUGGAAGAAGGUUUAGCAUAUGCAGAACUGGAGCUAAUGAAGUCCCCACCCCCAGUGAAAGAACCUACCGCCAGCACAGUCUAUGCUCAGAUCCUGUUUGAAGAGAGUUUCCUGCAGCAGAAAAUGCACUCAGAAAAACAAAGUGCUACUACAGGAAAUCCUAUGCAAAGACUUUAGCCCAAGCACAUCUGCAUUGCCAAGUUCCAUUCCCUUAAAGGAACCACCUUUAUUUAUAUUAAUCUCAAACCUUAAACUACUGGAUGAAACACUGGGACCUUUUUUUGUUUAGUUUCGGUACUUAAUAACAAUUGGAUUUAAAAGUAGUAUUUUCUUGUAGAUACAGUGCCUAGAAUAUUAAAUUGUCUCCCAAAGCAAGAAAUUUAACAUAACAACUUGGCAGUUGUCUCUGUGGAUAAGAUCAGAGCAAUAUGGUUUUUGCUAUCACAAACCAUUUUAUAAGCAAUCAUAAUAAAAGCUCUCAUAUCUCUAGCGGACUUCAGUUAGAUAGAGAGAAAUUCCAUGCCUAUGCACAAAACCUUUUACCAUAAUAAAAUAGGGAUAAUUAAUAAUAACCUUUUCAUAUACUGUAUAGGAUACAUUUUUUAAACUCACUUUUAUUUAAAUAUGUCAUAGGAAAGCAGGAAUAGAUGCAGUGCCAGUUAGUGUUUAUCACACAUUGCAUCUGUACUAAGAUGAACAUGGGAUUGGGAAACUGUUAGGCCAACGGCAUACAAGGAGAUUAGUUGCCCUGCAAUUAAUGCUUUCCUACCAGCGAGAAUGUAAAUUAGAAAGUUUUUCAGAAAGCUAAAACAAUGCAUAUGUUUUUCUACUGGUGAUUUACAUUCUAACUGGUAGGAAAUCAUUAAUCAAGGUGUUAUAUUCACAUCAGCGAACUGCUGAUUUUUAGUAAAUAUGAGAUGUAUUGUGAAAAUACAUCUGAUGAAUGUUUCAGAUCUUAGAUAAGGAGAUAAUUCACCAUUUAGUAAAUCUGGCCCAUUAGAGGAAAAAAAGAAAAAAACUAUAAGCAGAAUGGUCUGCCUUUGACAGGCAAUGCAAUACAUCUUGAUGUGACAUUUCCACACUGAAAAAAUGCAUUAAGCAAGUUCCCAUAUGGCCCUAACCUAAGGUCUAGCUUUUUUUAGACUAGAGGCUAUAAUAAAAGUAAACCUGGCCCUACGACUCCUAGAUCACUACUAAGUGCAUUUCUUUAGGGCUUCACAGAGCUACCAUUUUCAUUUUGGGCUCAAAAGUUUCUUUCAUGAAAGGUCUGUUUCAGAGGUAAGAUCCAUAAUCCAGUAUCCAGGCUGUGAAAAAGCUGUCCAGAUGUGAUCGCUAUUCUAUAAGAUUUGUGGUUACUUGGGUUUAUGUUUAUUAAGGUUUGAGGGUAAGAUUUCUCUAGGGUUUAAAUUUUUUUUUUUUUAAAGUGUUAGUACCACUAGCAAAAUGUGUUCAAUUAUACAAAGUAUUUUCUACUUUUCAUAUCAUUACUCACCUAUUCUUAUGUUAUAUCAGUUUUUUCUCCCAUCUGUUAUGACGCCACCUAAGUCUAUUCUCCCUACUUACUCUAUUCCUUAGUUUGCCAAGAUUGGUAAACGUGUGGACCUUUCCCUGAUAUGUCUGCCAUGAGAAUCACAGCCCCUAGUGUGCAGGCCAUCAGAGCAAGGACUGCAUCAACAGGCAGACGCGGUCCUUGCCCCAACAGGAUUUUAAAACCUGCUUGAUCGCCCAGGCCCGGAUUUUUUGCGGGGGGGGGGGCAGAAUGGGGGCGCCCCCAUUAGAAAUCUGGUGCUGCGAUCGACAUUUGCCUGAUUUAUGAACAGAUAUCAGUGAGGCAGGCCAGUCAGGGUUCCACCAUACAUGGGCAGAUAAGCUUCCUUUCUUUUUAUAUAUAUAUAUUUUAUGUUUUCACUUCAGUUGUCUUUUUUUCAUAGUAUCCCUACUGCCCUUAUAUUUUUCUACUAUCCAUUUCCUAUUUUCAUCUCUUCUCUUCAGUCUUUCUCCUUUCUCUAAGAACAAUUUGGUGGCCUGGAACUCCAUGCAUUCACAGCACAGCAACAGGCUCAUCUGUUCCAGUUUCUGCUUUGUGAUUGGGCAAGGUAUAACUUUGAAACUGCCUAACCAUAAAGGGUAACUACUGCACCACAGUAAGCCUAAAAGUGUUUAAUAAGUAAUAAAAUGUUACCAUAUAAAUUGAUUUUUUUUCUUGAUCAUGACCGGAUUUAUCUUGUUUUUUUUUCGUUUUUUUUACUGGAUUUAUCUUGUUUUUUAUUUUUACAGCACACUGCUUACUUUUGAAUGUUGGUACAUGUACUGUAAUCCCAUAUCAUAUUUUUGUAAUCAGUAAAUAUACAUUUAUUAUUAAGUUGUAAUAUGUACUUAUUUUAACUAACUCGUGGAAUAUAAAAACAUUCUGAAACACCA